GAUGCUAAGCUAGCUGUCAGUCAGGUAUCAAGAGGGUUUAGCUGUCGAGUUAGCCACCGGAUGCUCUCGCUCUCGCCUUCCUGGUCUUCUUGACAUUCCCUAUACAUUCGUGGACCGAAUUCGUGUCGACUGACCAGAGUCCGCGAAUUCAAGUCCACCUCUGAUUUAACCUCGGUCCUUUACCCACUAGGCUCGUGUGACUUAGCUCGCCGGCUAACAAGACCGCACAGUCGGACACAACCCCCGGCCGACGAGAGUUGCAUUUAAGGACCACACCCAGAGAAGAUGUCCCUUCAUCAGUUUCUAUUGGAACCCAUCACCUGCCACGCGUGGAACCGCGACAGGACACAAAUCGCCAUUAGUCCAAAUAACCAUGAAGUUCAUAUCUACAAGAAAAGUGGGAACCAGUGGGUGAAGACUCAUGAGCUGAAGGAGCACAAUGGACACAUCACAGGUAUUGAUUGGGCUCCCAAAAGUGACCGUAUAGUGACAUGUGGGGCAGACCGUAAUGCCUACGUGUGGUCUCAGAAGAAAGGAGUGUGGAAACCCACUCUGGUCAUCCUCAGGAUCAACCGGGCGGCCACCUUUGUCAAGUGGUCUCCGCUGGAGAACAAGUUUGCCGUUGGCAGUGGAGCUCGACUCAUCUCUGUCUGCUACUUUGAAUCUGAGAAUGAUUGGUGGGUGAGCAAACACAUAAAGAAGCCAAUCCGUUCCACCAUCCUCAGUCUAGAUUGGCAUCCCAAUAAUGUCCUCUUGGCUGCCGGCUCGUGUGACUUCAAGUGCAGAGUUUUCUCAGCCUACAUUAAGGAGGUAGAAGAAAAACCAGGCCCCACACCCUGGGGCAGUAAAAUGCCAUUCGGGGCUGUACUAGCAGAGUUUGGUGGAGCAGGUGGAGGAGGAUGGGUCCACUCCGUCUCUUUCUCAGCCUCUGGGAACCGUCUGGCCUGGGUCAGCCAUGACAGCACCGUCACUGUGGUCGACAGCUCUAAGACUGCCAGUCCCUCACAGCUGAAGACAGAGUUCCUGCCUCUACUCGGUGUCAUUUUUGUCUCGGAGAACAGUUUAGUAGCUGCGGGCCACGACUGUUGCCCCAUGCUCUUCCGUUGCGACGAUGGCGGAGCACUGACGUUCGUGUCGAAGCUUGACCUCCCCAAACAGAGCAUCCAGAGGAAUAUGUCUGCCAUGGAGCGCUUCAGGAACAUGGACAAGAGAGCUACCACCGAGGACCGUAACACAACCCUGGACACACUGCACCAGAAUAGCAUCACCCAAGUGUCUAUCUAUGAGGGAGACAAAAGGGAUUGCCGCAAAUUCUGCACCACGGGCAUUGACGGAGCAAUGAGUAUUUGGGACUUCAAGAGUCUAGAAGCUUCUAUCCAGGGUCUCCGCAUCAUGUGAAGAAAUCUUUUGAAUAAAUGAAAAGUCGCUGCUGCCUCACUUUUCCUCUUCUCACCCCAAUUCUCACCCCACCUCCCCUCUUUGUCUCUCUCUCUGUCCCUCCUCUUGUGUGGCGCAGCCAGCAAAGUACAUAACUGACCACCCUAACGAGUGUCUGUUGAAGCACUGAUCAGACCAUUAAACACUCUUCUGGGCCUGUCCUUUACAUGCUCACAAACACACUAUACUCACUGAGCUGAUGUGUGAGAUCACUACUUUCUUUUUCUUGUUUGCUUUUAAAUGAAGGUUAAUCAGAUGCAGAAUGGGAACGUCUUCUGACACGUAAUAAACGUGAUGUGACAUGUGUGUAUUUUUUUUAUGUUCUCUAACCUCCAGUACCAAAAGACAAACACUAAAAUGUGUGUUUUAUCCCCCCCCCCCCAAAAAAAAAUAAAUAAAUAAAUCCAGACUGUGUUCCCCCUCACUCCAAUCUGAUCAUGAUCUCCAGUCAAGGGGUUAAAUAACAGUACACUCAGCAAAGCGAUUGUUGAUCCUCACUGAAGGAUGGUACAUAAUAUUUAACAGAUGAAACUGUCUUUUUGAUUGAGACCAGGGGUUAUUAAUGUACACGUUGACUGUUGCCCUAAUGUAAACCUGUAGAGGAUCUGAUGUUUGAAGUGGGGAGCAGCCUUUAAAACUGUGCAGCACCAGGUCUGGCCAGCACUAAGCUCUGUAACUACCACACUAAAUCCACAAAUGAUGGAGGAUUUCUAUGUAACUGAUCAUGAGGUAGACAUGAAAUAAAGAUGAAGUACAUUUACACACAA